CGAAAAUAUUUUUAACUUCCGGCACGAUUGAAAAUAAUAUCGAAGAAACAUAUAUUUACGUCUUUAGCUAUCUUCUCGGAUCCAAAUCGAUAAAAUGCCGAAAGAAAGGGCAGCCAAGAAAUCGAGGGUUCAUCAAACCAUCCAAAAACAAGGGAUUGCGUUUAACAAAGACUUUGGCCAGCAUAUUUUAAAGAACCCUCUUGUCAUAACAAGUAUGAUUGAAAAGGCAGCGCUUAGACCUACAGAUGUUGUGUUGGAGAUUGGGCCAGGUACUGGUAACAUGACUGUCAAAAUGCUAGAGAAAACAAAAAAGGUCAUAGCCUGUGAAAUAGAUCCACGUCUAGUGGCAGAGUUACAAAAAAGAGUCCUAGGAGGGCCUCUCCAAAAUAAGCUCCAGAUCAUUGUUGGUGAUGUGCUUAAAACAGAAUUACCAUUUUUCGACAUAUGUGUUGCUAAUCUGCCAUAUCAGAUUUCUUCGCCUAUAGUCUUUAAACUACUGCUUCACAGACCUUUCUUCAGAUGUGCAAUUCUCAUGUUUCAAAGGGAGUUUGCACAGAGACUAGUGGCAAAACCUGGGGACAAACUAUAUUGUAGACUGUCAGUGAACACUCAACUUCUAGCCAGAGUAGACCUAAUUAUGAAGGUUGGAAAGAAUAACUUUAGACCUCCCCCUAAGGUAGAGUCAAGUGUAGUCAGAUUAGAACCAAGGAACCCACCACCUCCAAUCAAUUUUCAGGAAUGGGAUGGCUUACUUAGAAUCUGCUUUGGGAGAAAAAACAAAACUUUAGGAGCAUCUUUUAGGUGUACUAAAGUUCUAGAUAUGUUAGAGAAAAACUACAAAAUACACUGUUCAUUAAAAAAUAUACCUUUGGGAGACGACUUUGAUAUGAAGAAAAAAAUAGAAGAUCUCCUCACUGAGAAUGACUACGAGAAGAAACGUGCAAGAACUAUGGACAUUGAUGACUUUCUUGGGUUACUGAAUCUGUUCAACACAAACGGGGUACACUUCUCCUGAUUUUAUAUAUUGGUGAGAACAUACAACAACCAUCAGGAAUCUGCAAGCACUACAAGCACUUGGACAUGAAUAUGAAAAAUAUUUCUAUAUCGUGUGGUGAUCUUAUCUUACUCCUAGAUAUGGACAGUAUCAUUAGAUAUGGAGGGAAAUAUAUAGCGAUAUGAACUGUGUUGGUUUACGUUGAAAUGGCAUCAAUCGGUUUACAUUUUAGUUCACAGUAUUUUGUAAAAUUGGUCCAAUAUUCCAAUGUGAAACAGAUUUUAGUUGAAUGUACACUGAUACUUCACAUUCUGGUAUUUUCCUUGAUUCAUCUUUAACAUGAAAUUUUUUCCACCUUAUUUUCUUAGUUUGAAGGCAACUGAGACUGUUGGUACGUUUUUGUUGUUGAUGUUAUUGAUCAUGUGACCUCUGAUCAGGAUUAAUCAUUCUUAGCUGAUCUGACCUACUUUAUUUAUUUCUUCAUGCAAGAAUUCAGCUGCAUGGUUAGCUCAACAUGAUCCCUAAAUUGCUCAUGGUUUAAUGAGGUCUAUCAAGCUCUUAGGAAAUGCUUCAUCCUCACUGUCCGUUUCUCAAGAGCUCAAGUUUAUAAUAUUGAGUCUUGCAUUUCCAGAGUACAAAAAACAAAAGAAAUAGUUUACUUGUAUAAGUAUGGAUUACAAUAUUUAUUUAAAAUAAAUCUGUACAUAAAUGUAUUAAUAACAAAUCUUUUUUUUAUUAUAUUUCAUGAAUUUGGCCAGAAGAAUUAAAUGAAGCCAAAUGUAGAACAAUGCAUUAACAUGCAAAAUG